UUGAGGGGGAGUGGGCUUCAGAAGGAAGUGUUUAAGAGCACACUGACCACUUGCAGACAGUUAUACUCUACACACCAGCGUCCAGAUUGUUCUAACACAGAGGAGAAUCUGGGAGCGAAGAGCGUGGGGAGCAGGAAGGUACCAGACUCCGCAAAGCGACUCAGGUGUGCAGCCAAAAUGAAGCUGACUCUGGUCCAGAUGUUCUUCAUGCUGCUGCUGCUGCUACUGGGCAUGGGGAUGGGCCUGGGGCUGGGCCUCCGAAUGGCCGCAGCAGUCCUGGAGGACAGCGGGCAGUCGCUGAAAGAGUUUUGGUCUGGUGACUUUCAGGACAGGGCGGAGGCCACCGAGAAGGCAGCUCAAACCACAGAAAGUCCGGAGAUAAGCAACACGCGGGUGAAACAACCUGGCUGGCCAGAAGAGGGCACGGGCAGGCCGGAGAAGUCUGCAGGGGACAGGUUGCUCAGAGCUGAGGCCCCCUCCCACAGCCACAACCAGUACCUGAGAUUUGACUUGCUGUCGAGGGACUGCAACACCAUGAUGGCCGAGAAGGCAAAGGAGAACAACCGCAGCUGCAUAUCGCAGUACAUUUUCAUCCACGAGGAACCCAAGACCGUCAAAGCCGUCUGCAAAACUCCCACCGUGGCCUGUGAAUCCAAGAAUGGCAAAUGUCACAAGAGUCCCCGUCCUUUCAACUUGACAUUCUGCAAAUUAUCCAAACCAGGCCAAGUUACUCCCAACUGCCAUUAUCUCACUUUUGUUCUGGAGAAGCACAUUUUUAUGACUUGCAACGACCAGAAGGUCCAAAUAGCGCCAUGAGCGGCCGAGCCUCUCUUUCUUCCCUCUUCCUUUCUGAGGUCCUCUCCUCCUGUUUACAGAUCCUGCAGAGAAGAUUCUGGGAAGAGAGGAUGGACCAUUUGUUCUUUCCAUCCUGAAAAUUUAAUUCUUCUUUGCCUUGGGGUCACCCAUCUUGCAGUUUGUACCCAGAAUUAGAGGUGGCAGAGUAGGGUAGUGAGGCCUGGCUUCACUAGGUUAUCUGUCUCGGCUUACCUGCUGCUUCUCUGGGGAAGAGAAAAGCACAGAGCUGCUCUAGCCCCACCCUUAGUCAGGGUGAGCCUGUCUGAAGGAGUGUAAUGCAUCCCCUGUCCUUUCCUGUUACCCACCCCAAUCCUCUGUGGCAAUUGCAUAAGACAUCUCAGCUUUGCACAACU